AUGUCUGGUGAGGAACGUAAGGCUGAAAAUGCUCAAGCUGUUGAGGUCUUAAGUCGGGAAGUACAAAAUUUAGAUGAAAACACUUUUCCUUCAUUAAAGACAAUCGGUGAAAAUGGUAUGUUUAUUUUACGUUUUAUAGUUUUUUCUUUGUUUCGUCUUCGUGGUGGUAUAGCCGAUACCCUUGAUGUUGUUGACAACAAGCGUGUGAAGAUACGCGCUAAGGUUUCAAUACCUGUCGAACAGUACCCAAGCAUUAAUUUUGUUGGGAAAUUACUCGGUCCGGGUGGUUCUACCCUCCGAACAAUUCAAGAAGAGACUCAUACUAAGAUGGCUAUUCUCGGUCGCGGUUCUUUAAGAGACGAAGCCAAGGAAAAAGAGCUUCUGUCAGGUGGUGAUCCGAAGUAUCAGCAUCUUAAACACCCUCUUCACCUGCAAAUUGACUGUCUUGCCCCGCCAGCCGAUGCCUAUUACAAUAUUUCGCAUGCCCUCGCUCAAGUCAAACGUGUCAUGGUCCCAGAUGCAAACGGUCAACAACAAGCCCCUUGGGGAAGCAAUGUUAUGUCCUCUCCUGGUCGAGGCGGUGCGGUUAUGCGUGGGCGGGGCCGAGGUCGUGGGGCAUUUACAGGUCAGCCUCCUCCUUUCGGUGCACCCGGGUCGUUUUCUUCUCCAACAAUUCGUGGUGCUCGUGGAGGUGCUACUAGGGGUAGAGGAUCUUGGCCAGUUGGCGGUACUGUGCCGGCUAACGGUUCUGCUCCAGUUCCUACUCAAGGCGACGUCUAUGGCAAUGGGAUGGAACAGUGCGGAUAUACAGAUCAAAUGGCUUACGAUCAAACUCAGUAUGCUGCCACUGGCUAUGAGGACUAUUCAGCUCAGUAUGGCCAAACCGAAACUUGGGGGAAAAUGAUAACAAACGAUAAUCGUGGACGGGCUCGAAGCCACCCCUAUGCCAGACAAGCUGGAAAGGAGGAGACUGCUUAA